AUGUUAAUUGAUGUGUGUUUUAUUGUGCAAUACUAUCUUUUAUUGUGCAAUACUGAUCAAGCAAUUUUGCAAGCCCUAAGAGGCUCUAACAUAGAGCUUGUUAUUGGCGUCCGUAACGAAGAGAUUCAGUCGAUCGCGAAUAAUGUUUUGUCUGCUGUUGAUUGGAUCCAAAACAAUAUACUGAAAUAUUCUAAAGAUGUCAAAUUUAGAUACAUUAUUGUUGGCAAUGAAGUAGAUUCUAAUCUCAACUAUGUCUCAAAAUUCGUUCUCGAAGCCAUGCAGAACAUUUAUGCAAUACUUGCAUCUUCAAGUCUUCAAAAUCAAAUCAAAGUUUCAACCGCUAUAGAAUUGAACUUAUUGGGAAUGUCCUAUCCUCCAUCUUUAGGUGAAUUUGGUCCUUCUUCGAUUCCGUAUAUAACUCUAAUAGUUAAAUUUCUUGAGGAUAUCAAGGCACCACUUCUUGCAAAUGUAUACACUUAUUUAAGCUAUAUAAGUGACUCAACUGAUAUUGACUUACCCUUUGCUUUAUUCACUUCACAAAGUGUUAAGAUAAGAAAUGGAAAUUUUGAGUACCAAAACCUAUUUGAUGCAACAUUAGGAGCAAUUUAUGUAGCACUUGGGAAAGUUGGUGGUGCAAACUUGGAAGUAGUGAUAUCAGAAAGUGGAUGGCCUUCUAAUGGUGGGGUUGCUGCAACAGCUGAGAUGCACAAACCUACUAUGAGAAUUUGA